CCUCACUCUCUCUCUCUCUCUUUCUCUAUCGAAGUCAUACAGCUGUUAAUCGCUUCUCUGGGCAUUUAUUCAAGUCUCAAUAUGGCAACUUCAGGAGUAAAGUGCGUUCCCGAGGUACUAGACAUUUUUCAAAAGCUAUCAACCAAGCAUGUUUACCGCUAUAUCACYUUCAAGCUCAACGAAGAUCAGACUAAUAUCGUGGUCGACAAGACUGGAGAGCCAGAUAAAACCUUUGACGAUUUAAAAAACGAUCUCCCAAAAGACAAGUGCAGAUAUGCCGUAUUUGAUUUGAAGUUCUUUACCAAGGAACAGCAACAAAGAGAAAAAGUGAUCUUCAUUAGCCAUAGUCCUGAUAAUCAUGCAGAUGGAAAGGAGAAGAUGGUGUACAGUUCAAGCAAGAAAGCUCUUCUAGAUAAACUUGGAUCGGGAGCCAUUCAUGCAAAAUUUCACUUUGGAGAUCACUCUGACAUAGAUCUUGAUGAAAUUACCCAAGAAAUGAGGACAAAAUUCAAGUAAUUUGGUCUGUACUGCGCCAGAAUAAUCAGUAACUUUACAGGAUCGGAGUUACAAUACUGUCACGAUAUUUUUGGAUACUUCUGGAGUUUAGGUCUUUAUURGUAGUGGACAUUCAAAUUCAAAGAACUUUAGAUACUUUGCACAAACCCUUAUUCAAAUUAAUUCUCAGGACAGCCUUGGUGUUCAGAUUUGCUUUUCGGGUGUUUUACGGCGCUAAAUAAGUUUGUUUUUGGUUAAAUAAAAUCAUUUAAAAAAUUCAGAAUCAUUUUGCUUCCAAAUAUUUGCAUAAUCGCUAGCCAUACUUUUGAUUAGAAUUGUUAGAGGUCAAACUCGCUGCCUAAUUAGAGUUUACCAAUUUCUCCGUUUACUAUCAGGACAGAAAUCAUAACUUUAUUCCAAGGUUGAUUUUUAUUAUUCUACAAACUGAACUUAGAAUGAACUUUUGAUCAUGAAGACUACUGCAAUUUGUUGCCUGGAGCAGAUCAAGUCUUGUCCAAGCGUGCGGAAACUACUGAUGAAAUUUUUUGAAAGAUUCGUUUAUCAGGAGUAAUUAAAUUGUACUACUAGAAUGGAUGUAUUAUGCUUUUUUUAGAAUAAAUUGGAUGUUACUAUAGAAGGUUUUUCAA